UGCGGAGGGUCUGUUAGGGGGUGUCCCUGCUUGGAGGGGCGCUCAUCACUGUGCGUAUGGCCCAAUCCACACAGGCUCCUGUGCUUGUCCUGGGGGCAUAGCUGAUGUCAUCUCUCUGUCUCUUUCCCACUUACUCUUUUUACAUCAUGUUAAAAAAUAGCACCUGUUAGGCUUUUGUGUCCCAAUAUCAGGAGUGAUUUCUGCUCAUUGUAGAAAACACAGAAACACAUAAAAACACGAAAUCUCCCACCCAGCGUUAACCACUGUUAAUACUCGAAGAUUUUGGUGAGCCUGCAGAGGGCAAGAAGCUGUAUGAGGGGGUUGGCCGGGGAAGGGUGUCUGUCCACAACCCCCUGCUCCGGGCUACUGUGCACGAAGAUCUGGGUUCAGUAUCCUGACUUCAAUGAGACGUCCAUAAGGGGUCGCACGUGGGGAUGAAUAAAGCUGGAUCUGGACAGAACAGGGCCCCGGUUAGAGUCAAGGCUUCCUCCGGAAAGCUUGGGGUCUGAGCCCUGCCUUCUCCACCCCGGCCCCACGGCUCCCUGCUCUGAGACACUGCACUGAAGAGCAGAGGAGAGCCUGACUUUGCUGAAGGCGCUUCCAGCGGCCCUGAGGGAUGGUGAGACCCUCACCCACCUCUUUAUCCCUAAGGGCUCUCCUCUCCUUCAAGCAAAGGAAAAACACUGCCAGCCUCCCCCAAAUUUACAAACCGUCCAGGGUGGCGAGGGCAGAGGCUUGGCCCGUGCUUGGGCUGCAGCAAGGUGUGGCUCUGUGGAGGAACUGAGAACAUGGGAAUGUCCCAGGGAGGCCUCCUGGCUGGGGAUGGGUGGCCACAACAAAAGGGCAUUUGUCCCUAGUGCCUAACCAGAGAAAGACAAUCAUGAAAAUUAGAUCAUCUGUUUUUCUGAACAUGCGCUCUGUGCCAGGGAAUCCCCUAGAGGUUUUUACAUACAUUAUCUCAUUUAAUUCUCACAACUCUCCAGGAAGGUAGUAGUAUCCCAUUUUAUAGAUGAGGCUCAGAGAGGUUUGGAAAGCAGGCAGCUCUGUUUCCAACUGAGGCCUGUUUGUAUUCAAAGCUCAGGCUGGUGGUCUCACCACCCUGCACACUGUGGGCACAGCCUGUCUGCCCUCAGCCUUGGCUAGAUGGGGGCCCAGAUCAGGGCAGGGGAGAGGCCUGGGGGAUCUGGGAGAGGAGCCUGCAGCCUCUGUGCCUGAAACCCAGAGGCCUAGGCAGGGUUGGCCGCACAUGGCAUACUGCUGACCACAGCCAGCUGGCAAGGGUGGGUGUCAGGUCCUGGAACCUGGGAGCACAGCUUCCCUAGAUGCUGUCUGUCCCAGGUUAUCAGGAGCCUGAGGCUCUCAUCUUUGCCCACAGGCCUGGCCACGUGGGCUCCUAAGAGCGCCACAUAGUGGGACAGCAGGUCUUGUACCUGGUCCAAAGCCAGCCCCAGCUCCCCACUCCCCUCUCUAAAGUGAAUGCUGGGUGGAGGUGGAGGUGGGUAGGCAGUGGGCAGGGAAACUCAAGGACUCUCAAGAUUGUUCUGUUCAGGGGAGAAACCCCCAGUUCCCCCCAUCACAGGAGUAGAAAUAGGCAGGGGAGCCCUCUACCUGUGGGAUGUACUUCAUCAUGUACAUGGACUUGGGACCAUCACAGACUUUGGAACCAUCAGAAAUCUGGGAGGAACUACUGCAACUGGCAGAGCACAAACAGGCUGGUUCCCACAGGCCAUGCGCACAGUGGUCAGGUGUAGACCGGACUCCCCACCUCCGUCCCCCAGGACAACAUCCUGUUGGCUCCACAGCCCCUGCUGCCAGAGCUGGCGGGGGCAGGGAGGCAGCCGCCCAGCCUAUAUGUAUGAUGUGGGGGUGGGGGGUUGUCUAGGGUGGUCUGCAUGACCCUGAGAGCCACGGGUUGCCAGGACCAGCUCCUGCCUUCAGCAAGCAAAUGGCUGACCCCUCAGAGCUGUGUACGUUCUCCCCCGCCUCACCCCAGCUGGGCCUUCCUCCCGCUUCAGGGUGUCUUUGGGCCUCCAUGUCACCCCUGCUGAUCCCUGCUUCCUCCUCUGCCAGGGGCAGCACAGAUGUCACCCCCCAGGCUGGAUUCAGAGACUUGGUUGGGGAAUCACCCAGUCCCGGGAGAUGGGGAGUCAGAAAGGAAUGGAUGGGGGGGUGGGGGCAGGAAGGAGCGAGGGAGGGCUGCAGGGUUCCCUUUUGUGAGCAAACAGGAACAUGGGGUGUUUCUCAGUAGCUGUGGGGGUGCUGAUAAAAACCCCAGGAUAUUGAGUCAUUGUGGUGGCCAGCUGAUAAACAGCACUCAUCGCUGAACAUUGAUUCGGGGGUGGAAAGACUGGACAUUUCUCUCAGGUCCACGGCCCAAGCAGCACAUGGAAUUCCAUAACGUCAGUGCUGCCUCUCCCCUUCCUUCUCUCUCCCCCUCCACUCUCCUUCCCUCCCUCCCUCCCUCUUCCUCUGCCUUCACCACCGCAUUGGGGGCACCGGCUCACUGCCUCCCAACCCCUUCCCCCAAGGUAUCUGUCUUCCUGGCGUCAGUCCUGGGCGUGGAGUUUGUCCUGGGCCUGGUGGGGAACAGCUUGGCGUUCUUCAUCUUCUGUGUCCACACGCGGCCCUGGACUUCCAACACCGUGUUCCUGGUCAGCCUGGUCAUCGCGGACUUUCUCCUGAUCAUCAACCUGCCCCUUCGCGUGGACUACUACUUCCACCACGAGAUCUGGCGCUUCGGGGUCACCGCCUGCAAGCUCAACCUCUUCAUGCUGUCUAGCAACCGCACGGGCAGCGUGGUCUUCCUCACCGCCAUCGCGUUCAACCGCUACCUGAAGGUGGGGCGGCCCCACCAUGCGCUGAGCCGGGUCUCGGCCAGGGCAGCCGCCCGGGUGGCGGGCGGGCUCUGGGUGGGCAUCCUGCUCCUCAACGGGCACUUGCUCCUGACCGCUCAUCCCAGCCAGUCCUGCCUCAGUUACCGGCUGGGCAAGGCCUCCUCGGCCUUGCUCCGCUGGCACCAGGCCCUGUACGUGCUGGAAUUCUUCCUGCCGCUGGCCAUCAUCCUGUUCGCCAUCGUGAGCAUCGGGCUGACCAUCCGGCGCCGCGGCCUGGGGGAGCAAGCGGGCCCGCGGAGGGCCGUGCGCAUGCUGGCCGCGGUCGUGGCCGUCUACGUCGUCUGCUUCUUGCCCAGCGUCAUCUUCGGCAUGGCGUCCCUGGUGGCUUUCCGCCUGAAUGCCUGCCGUGCCCUGGACAUCUGCACGCAGCUCUUCCACGGCUCCCUAGCCUUCACCUACCUCAACAGCGUCCUGGACCCCGUGCUCUACUGCUUCUCCAGCCCCAGCUUCCUCCGCCAGGGCCAGGCCCUGCUGGGCCUCCGCCAGAGCCCAGCCAGCGAGGAGAGCUCCUACGAGCCCCGCACCUGGCUCCAGGCCUCCAGGAGGGCGGAGGCCGCAGGAAAGCUGCAGGCGGAGGCAUCGCUGGAAUAAGGGAAGGCCGUCCCCAGGACUGAGGACUGCCAGGAGGCACAAGGUCACUCACUCCCUAGACUGCUACCAGCACAGCGUGUCUGAACCAACUGGACAAAGAACAUCUGCCAGAAGCCAGCCAGGUGGGUGGAAGGAGGAGAAAAGGUCUUGGCCUUACAGAGUAUCAUGUCCCAACUGACAUCCCCAGCAUGCAGGAAAAAGCAGAGGGCAGGUAGAGAUAGGCAGACGAUGCAGGAGCUCCAGCUCAGACACAGGGUUGCAAAGCUGCUCAGUCCCUGGUCAGAGCUGAUUACUCUGAAAGACGUCUUGCUUUAGAAAUGGGACAGCUGUAUUUUCUGUGAUCUCGCGUGUCCCUUUUAAUACUAGUAAAUUUCCUUUAGAAAAUGCAAGCCUGUCUCAGCUGUUCUAAGGAACUUGAAUAAAUGUCUUUUGGU